AUGGACAUUGAAAGACUUCCUAUUAUUUCAGAGCUUUAUGGAGAAAAGAAUUCAGGAAGUGCUGAGUUUUGUUUUUAUAUAGCAAAGAGCACAAACUCGCUGUGGAUAGAGUCUUGCAAAAGAACAUGCACUAAGAGAGCUGAAUUAAUGCACAUUGACUUAAAUAGCAUGCAUAUUUGCAAAGUGCUAAACAUCUAUUUAUUAGUGAAUAAGCUGCAAACAAAAGAAAUACAUAACUUCAUAGAAACCCACAAGAUAAAGCUUCUUAUAAUUAAUAAGCUAGAUGAUCUGACCACUGCAGACCAUCAAGAAGACACAAAGAGCUGUCUUGAGCUGGUAAAGCAUUUAAAGAUGAUGUAUAUCACGCACAGUGUAAAGAGCAUAGUUAUAACAAAUGUAAGGCCUGGAUAUUCAAACAGUUCAUUGGCUAAGAGGCUCUUGGGCGGAAUGUUUGCAAAUAGUGCCUUCAGUGCAUAUUGCGCAAUAGAGGAUGAAGAGACAGAAAGCAGCAAAUACAACCUAAACACAUACAUUGCCACCCAGAGGUUCUCCAAAAAAGACACGCCCAGGUCAACAGUGCACAACAAUUCAUGGGACAGCUGCAUGCCAACUGCAUUUUACAUAGAAAAAACACCAAUUCCAGGUGUGCACAUGAUGCGAAUGGUAAGGCCUAAAACACCAAAUGGCCUGCAAUACGUAUUGAAAGUGAACUCAGAUGAAAUAAGUGUAGAUAGAAUAUAA